CUUUCAGUAACGUGAGCGCAUGCAAAAGCGAUAGAACGCAAUUUGGUUACGGUUGCGAAAUAAUUUGCAAGAUUAUCUUAUCACAAUUUUUCUACCCUUUAUUCGUGUAUAAAAAGCUAGCAGUUGCUUUGUUUUGAACGAAAACCGCUCCUGUGAACAGUAAAACAAUGGCUUAUAUCGAAGUGUUGGUACUUUUCGCGUUGGUACUAUUUUUAUUGUACAAAUGGAGUGUUUCUAAGUAUCAUAUCCUUCAUGAUCGUGGAAUACCUCAUGAUAAGCCAAUUCCAUUGCUUGGGAAUCUAGGCCUAGAUGUGUUACUUGGGAAGUCGUCGUUUAUGAAAUUUAUCAUCAAUAGAUAUCAAACUUACAAAACAAGUAAAGUGUAUGGUGUCUAUUCUAUGCGUGACUGCAACAUUUACAUUCGCGACUUGAAUCUUAUCAGAACGGCCGGUAUCAAGGACUUUAACACUUUUCCCAAUCACAAUACCAUGUCACCAGAUGGAGACGAUACUUUCCUCUCCAAGAGUCUAGUCGCUUUGAAGGACCAAAAAUGGCGCGAAAUGCGCAAUAGCCUGUCUCCAUUAUUCACUGGCAGCAAAAUUCGUUUAAUGUUUCAGUUAGUUAACGAAUGUGUGAUUGAAACGGUUAACCAGGUCUCCAGUUCAAUUCAAGCUACUGACACUAAUGAAGCAGACAUUGAAAUGAAAGAUUUCUUCACAAGAUUCACAAACGACGCAAUUGCUUCUACGGCUUUCGGCAUACAGGUCAAUUCAUUCAAAAAUCAAAACAACGAGUUCUACCGCACCGGGAAAGCGGUUUCGGAAUUCACUGGUUUAACACUACUGAAAGCUUUGCUGAUAGGCCUCAUUCCUAAAGUAAUGAAGACUUUGCGUAUAAAACUAUUUAACGACAAUAUCUUCAAAUAUUUCAACCACUUAGUAAUCGAUGCAAUGGAAUAUCGAAAGCAACACAACGUUGUACGCCCCGAUAUGAUCCAUCUGCUGAUGGAAGCCAAACAACAUUACGAAGCGAACAAAGCGAGCAUGCAGGGAGAUCAUGCAGAGUUCACCAAUGAGGACCUUUUAGCGCAGUGCAUGCUCUUCUUCGCAGCCGGCUUUGAUACUGUGUCUGCCUGUUUGUGUUUCACAGCGCACGAAUUGCUGGAAAAUAGCGUCGUUCAAGACCGGCUUUACGAUGAGAUUUUAAGUACUCAAAAUGAGCUGAAAGGAUGCCCUUUAAAUUAUGACGUUCUUACGAAGAUGAAAUAUAUGGACAUGGUAUUAUCAGAAUCGUUACGUAAAUGGCCCCCAGCGGUCAUGACUGAUCGCCUAUGUGCGAUUGAUUAUGAACUGAAAGAUGAUGAAGGGAAUUUGGUUGUGGAGCUUAAGAAGGGUGACAACAUAUUUGUACCAAUCAUUGGCAUACACCGCGAUCCAAUAUACUACCCGGAUCCUGACAAAUUCGACCCAGAAAGGUUUUCUGAUGAAAACAAACACAAAAUUGAUCAGAUGAGUUACUUGCCUUUUGGUCUGGGGCCCAGAAUGUGUAUCGGGAACCGUUUGGCACUGAUGGAAAUCAAGGCACUAAUGUACAACAUCCUUUUGAAUUUUAAAAUUCUACGAGCAGAGAAGACGUGCAAAAAUUUAAUGGAUUCCCUCGUCGGAUUCACUUUAGUACCAAAAGAACGCUUUUGGAUGAAACUUUUGCCAAGGGACUCUUGAUUCAAACUCUAAUUAUUGUAAACAUAAAAUUAUUUAGGUGAAAUUGUGCUUAUAUAUAGUCACAUAACCAUGCUUCUACUACCAACAACACACACUUACUUACUUAUUCUCUCCUUACUUCUCCUAUUUAUAUUCCCACAUCUCUUCUUCAUGUUUCUUAAUUUGCUCCCUUACUAACUGAUCUUUACUUUAAUGACAUUUUCUAUGUAAAUCAAUUUAUUUCUCUUUGUUACAUAACAACAACAAUUUAUAUUUUGACUCUAUUAUUUUUUAAGUUUAUAUUUGUUAACUUAGUUGUAAGAAUUAUUUAACCUUGGAAUCAGUAAUAAAGCUACCUUUGAAAAGAACGGAUUAUUAUUAUGUACAUGGAAACUGCCAUAUGUAUUGUACUACAGAACCAUA